CCGUCAUCUACCCACAGUGCACAGAGCAGAGCGUCUUUCUCUUUCUACGGUUGUUACUGGUUUCUAACUCAACUUUCCGACAUCCUGAAGUAGACCAUGUCUGAUAUCGGAUCUGAAGACUAUGAUGAGGGUCAGAACAAACUGGGGGAGUAUGAAGGAGAGAGAAAUGAGGCCGGAGAGAGACAUGGACUCGGUAGAGCUGUGUUCCCAAACGGAGACGUUUACCAGGGCCAGUAUAAGAACGGACAGAGACAAGGAGAGGGGACGUAUCGCUUCAAGAAUGGGGCGAGAUAUGUGGGAGGUUACCUCCAAAACUCCAAACAUGGACGGGGAAUCUUCUACUACCCGGAUGGAUCUAAAUAUGAAGGCUCAUGGCUGAACAACCUGAGACACGGACACGGCGUGUACACCUACCCAAAUGGAGACACGUAUGACGGGGAGUGGGCGCAUCAUGAGAGACAUGGUCAGGGAGUUUACCAUUACCAUGAUACUGGCUCAAAGUACAAAGGAUCAUGGGUAAACGGCAAGAUGGAGUCAGCUGGAGAGUACAUCCACUCCAGCCACAGAUACCAGGGCAACUUUGUCAACAGCUUUCCGUGUGGUCCAGGCAAGUUUGUGUUUGAUAUCGGCUAUGAGCAACACGGAGAAUUCCAUCAAACAGAGCAGGACCAAACUGAGGGCGAGUGGGGCGAAUUUCCAUCCACCAGCGCCCUCAAGUGGAUCCCAAAGUGUAUCAGCAGUCUCACACCAUGGCCUCCAGGAAGAGACUCUACAGGAGAAAAAGACCCACAUUCAACCGAGGAGGAGGGAGAAAACUCUCCUGAGUGAUCGAACCAUGAUCCAGCAUCUUUCACAUUUUUAACUGACACAAAUAUACUAACAAACAUGUAAAUAAAGAAGUGAAGC